GUUAUAAAAAUGAUGACGUUAUAUUGUACGUAAUUGUUUAUAGUGUGUUUAGUUAUAUGAGUAGUUAGGAUAAAAUGAAAUACGUCAUGAUCAAAAUAAUAAUAAAAAUAACAAGACGGGGUUGGGCGUGUGUACCGUGAUUUCGUAUAAAACCCAACAAAAAUGCAAAUCGUUAUUACAUGAGUUAUGAAUUCAUCAGCCUAUGAAUCUAACAAACUCGAUACUGCUGCAUUAGGCGCGACUUCCGAAUGUGAUCGAAUAGAUUUACAAGAAUUUUUAGAUUUUUUAAUAUUAGCCUAUCGGAUAAACGACGUGUUAACUUCAGGCAAGGGAAAACAAGUACUCGAUACCUGCAGCAUCAAUUGGACUGAGCUAUCUCGUAAUAAUUUGUUUUUACGGUUAUCGGAUAAAAAAUCCAAUACCACGACCGACAACGAGACGGGACAAGGAACAAUGCUAAAUACAAGCACCGAACGAGUGCAAUGUAUUCUCAAACACAAGCUCAAAGACAUUAUGAAUGAAGGUAUUUUGGACUCUGUACUUCCAUUUAUAGUAAAAAAAACGUUGACAACAAAUGUUAUGAAAACAUUUGAAUCGUUUGGCUCCAAAAUUAGUAAUAAUCCUUCGAAUAAAGACAAAACGUAUUCAAAACCAAAAUGUAAUACAAUUGACAAUUCGUCCAGAUCUAAUAAGGAUACGGAAAUUGAGAUUAACGUAUGUGAUGCUGUUCAAAAAUUAAAAAAAGUAUUUCGAUGUCCUAAGCGACUACUUAUCUCGAAAAUGGGAUAUUUUUCUGAGGUGACCAAAGGACAACGGUUGGAAGAUAUUGAUAUAUCAGUACAUUGUGAAAUACCUAUAUUUGACUGGUUAAUAAAGUGGGUUAAGAAGGAUUUAAAACCAAAAAACGAGUGGCCAUCAUUAGAUAAUGGAAAUGUAGUGCCGAUUUUGGUUUCUGCAUCAUUUCUUCAAAUGGAGCCAUUAUUUCAAGAAUGUUUACUAUUUUGCAAAAAUAAUAUCAAUGAUGUAUUAUCGUCUUCGGCAAGUUUUGGGUGUGUUAAUGAUGGAGUUAUUACAAGAUUAUCAAAUCAGUUUAAUAAUUGUGAUGUAGAAAAUAUGGUGGACGUAAAGGAUAAAUUAAAAUCACGUUUGUUUACAAAAUUGAUAUGGGAUUUAUGCAAACGGGAUUCAAAACGUGAAUUAGGUCAUUAUAGUACACUAGCUUAUGCUUACUAUUGCUGUCGAUGUAAUAUGAUUUUGGUUCCAAGCGUUGCUGGCAGGAUACCUUGUAAACCACCAACUUUUAAGAUUGCUCAAAAUGGAAGUGUCAUUGCUUGUCAUUUAAGAGAUUCAAAAUGGACAUUAAACGAUCACGUGAAGUCGUUGUUUUCUAAAUACAAGUGUUGGCGAAUUGUUUACUGGUCUCUAUGGUCAGAGUGCCAUUUCAUGCGGUGUUCGCGUUGCCAAUACAUGUACCCGGUCAAGAAUCAAAGGUGGUGUCAAUUCCAUACGCAACAGCCACAGUAUUAUCCGGUGGAAAACAAUCGAUAUCUUUAUUACCCUAUUGGUCGUUAUCCAUGUUGCAACGAAAAAACUUUUAAAUAUGAGCCAAUCAAAAAUCCAUUUGGUUGUCACUAUCGAGAGCACAUUCCGUUACUUGAACAUACAGCCGAAAUAGAAACAUAUAAAGUUAUGCAAAUGUUUCCAUCUUUAACCAUCACCGAUCCACCUAUGUUUUUCUCAAAUGGGAUUACAAAACUUAUGGAUACGCAUGGUAGGCUGUUGUGCUCAUACGAAGGCGAUGUAAAGAGCAACGAUCAAAACAAUAAGGCUUGGGCCACUGAAUCUCAUCGGUUCGCUCCGUUUAUUGUUUCAAACGAAGGUACGUCAAGGAAAUCGCAGUUUUGGUGGGAUAAUAUUGUGAUGGGCACGUCAUCAAACAAGAGACAACUGUUGACGGAAUUGUGGGAUAAGCCUUUCGCUAAACGACCCGUAUCGCCUAGUACAAGUGACAAUAAUGUAUACGAAGCGACUGAAGUUCCAUUGAAUGAAAUCAAUUCAUCGUUUGGAUCGUCAUUUGAAGAAGUCGAAGAUUCGUUGUCGAGUUUCAGUGACAGUGAUUCGACUCAUUCGGAAAAGAUAACUUAUAAUAAUAGACAACAAAAGAUUAAACGGUCUUCGAAAGCAAUCAGAACACUGAAACAAAGAUACAGAUACUCUGGCACAUAUCAAUGGUCAUUGACGGCACCAAUGCGUUGCAAUCAGGACAAUCAGAGAGAAUACGAAGAACGUUGUUUUAGACAAAUUAUACAUCAUCUGUUACAUCAAAAUGGUAAUUCGAAUGCAGAUUGUAGUCAAGUGUUGACUACUACCACCAAUCCUGUUGUUGAUAUUAGUCAACGAUCUGGUGGUUAUUACGUAAAACUCGAAACUGAACUUCUAUCAAAAAUUGACCCAAAAAAUGCUCAAAGACCGACGAGUAUCGUGGAGCCGAAAGCUGUACAAUUGAAAACCAAGCUAAAAAAAACAACCAAACCACCUAGUUCUUAACCUUAAAAAAAUAUUAAAAAUCAUUAUUUGUUACAGUUUUUAUUUAAAAGUAAUAUAUAAUAUGUUUGUUAUCGUUUUAAC